ACCCGGGAUGACGAUAAGCUCGAGCACCUUGCAUUCGUCAUAUACCCAAAAGUCAUCCACGGUUCUCGGCUGCUUGUUUGUCUUUUGUCUAACUUACCAUUCUUUAUGUGUGACCUGGUCUACCUUCUUUAACUGUCAUAGAAAACCAUGCCCGACUGGAGACAAGAGUAUCUCGCCGGCAUCCGAGAUGCCGAGACGCAACAAUCCGUUGAUCGAGAGCUUAUCGCAGCAUACUCGCAACUGCUCGACCGCGUCGCCGUCCUCGAAGCUGAAAAGGCAGCCCUCCAAGCACAGACUCAGCAGCCCCACGCAGCGCUGACCAAACCGAGGGCCUCACCAGCACCAACAUCACCAUCCCCAGGUCCCUCCGCGGACGACACGCCCCUCGUAUCCCGCCUCCGUCUUGAGCUAGCCGAGGCCCUCCGCUCAAAGGGCCAAUUUCAGCAGCGCCUUCAGGCAGCGGACGAAGAGCUCACCCGUCUGCGGGCAAAGACGGCAUCCGACUCCAAGGCGCUGCGCGAUCUGACCGCCGAGCGACGCUCCCUGGUUGUCAAGCUACGAGAUCGCGAGGAGGAGCUCCGAGUCAAGAACAAGCUUGUCGCCGACGUGCAGGACGAGCUGGUGGUGCUCAACAUGCAGCUCGACAUGGUGGAGAAGAAGCGCGCCGAGAAGGAGGCCGAGAACAAGCAGCUUGUCGAGAGAUUUAUGAAGCGGAUUGGACAGGAGGCCGAGGCCAUGAAUCUGGCGAACGAGCCAGUUUUCCCCAAGAAGAGCAGGGGAGGUGGGAAAGCAAGUUGAGAGCCCGCCGAACCCAUCGGUUGACGACCCUCUAGCUUGGCCCUUGCACGGC